AUGCCGAAGGACAAUGAGCUGCCGGCCCUUGCCCAGUGGGCCAUCGGAGCCGGUGCAGGCGUGGCCAUCAACAUCGUCUUGUCGUCCUUAGCGACCGUCGCGUGCGCGGCCGAGCUCUCGCGCCGCGCGCUGGGCAGGCCAGACCCGGGGGUUCCCCUGCACACAGUGGCGCGCGUCACGCCCGUCCCCGGCACCGAGGCGCAGACGCCCGUGAUUGUUGCCCAAAUAGACUCCGACGACGACGGCUCCGCCGACCUGGCGCCAGAGGCGGUCGCCGAGGUGCAGCCAUUCGCCUCGGCCCGCCGGCCGGCGCAGCACCAGCAGCACCAGCAGGGGUCCAAGGCCGGCCGCGACCCUUCAAAGCUGCUGCCGCCGGUGAUCCCGGGGGUCAUGGAGGUGGUGCACAUCCCGGUCGAUGCAGAGAUGGGCGCCAAGUCGGACGCGUGGCGCAUGGUGGGCCCCUACGCGCGCCACUAUGGCGGGGGCGCCAUCUCCAGCUCCACCCUGUGGAACCCCGAGUACAUCCACAUGUUGGUCCCCGGCAUGGGCAGCCAGCCCUACGUCGUCGGCCGCGCCUACUGGCGCACCAUCGUCAUCGGCAUCGGCGACCCGCUGGCGCACCCCGCGCACUGGAGCGAGAUGGCCGCCGCGUUCAAGCGCGCGUUCCCGCACGCGACGUACGCGCACACGGGGCCGGAGUUCUCGCGGCUGCUGCGGGAUGAGCAGGGGUAUGCCGUCAACGACAUGGGGGCGGAGACAAAUAUCCUGAUCCAGAAGUGGGCCUACAGCAAGAAGACCCGCACGAUCCGCAACGCGGCGCGUGACGCGCGCGGGGCGGGGGUGGAGGUGCGGGAGCUGUCGCACAAGGACCUGACCACAGAGGUGUGCCGCCAGCUCGCAAACGUGACAGGCGACUGGGUGCAGCAGAAGUCUGUGAAGGACCAGAUGCUGCGCGUGUUCAUCCGCCACGUCGACUACGACAACCUCCACCUCGACGAGGGCGUGCGCCUGUUCGUCGCCGAGCGCACCCUGCCCGCGCCCGCGCCCGCGGGCGGCGACGGCGACGCGGACGACGCGUCCAGCACCAGCAGCACGGCGGCGGGGCCGAGGCGGAUCGAGGGUUUCGUGCUGGUGGACCCGAUGUGGCGGGACGGCAAGGUGUAUGGCUACGUCACCUCCCUCAACCGCAUGCGGCGCGACUCGCACCACGGCACCCUGAAGCUGCUGUACGAGGUGAUCAUGGCGGCCGCCAAGAAGGAGGGCAAGGAGGUGCUCACCUUUGGCUUCAGCCCCUUCUUCAACCUGCAGACCAAGCCGUUCCAGGGCCCGCCGUGGUCCGAACUGGCCACGAGGUUCAUGUUCAACUUCGGCAACAACCUCUACCAGUUUAAGAACCUCGCCUUCUCCAAGGCCAGGUAUGGCGGCUCGGUGGUGGGCGACGCCUACAAGGACCCGAACGUCACCAUGACUCACGUUUACGGCAUUACUCACCCGUCGCUCAUCAGCAUGAACUUCCUGGACCAGUAUGUCCUGCUGAUGUACGUCGGCUUUUUGGGCAACCUGUUUGACACGCUGCUGAAGCUGGCCGGCCUGCGGAAGGACAUGAACAACAGCUUCCAGGCGGACGACGCCGCCGGCAUCCCGCGGGGCGCCAGCUCAGCGUCGCUCGCGGCGGCGACGGCGGCCGGCGGCGAGGACGACUGA